AUGCAAAACAAAUCAGUUCUCUUUGUCUGUACAGGCAACAUAUGUAGAUCCCCAGCUUGUGAAGCUAUUUGCCAGAAGCUUACCAAUGGAUCAGUUAUGGUCGAUUCAGCCGCAAUCUCAUCACAUCAUAGGAACGAAAGUCCUGAUGAAAGAACGCAGGCAAUCUGCUUAAAGCAUAAUGUAGAUAUAUCACAGCAUAGGGCUCGUCAGAUUAGAGCUGAUGAUUGGCUUCUUUUUGAUUUCGUUGUCGCAUUGGACGAAAAUAUUUACAAGACUUUAAUCCAAAUGAAGCCCAUUAAUUCCAAGGCUCAAGUUCUUCUUUAUGCUCCUCCCCAUGGUAUUCAUGACCCAUAUUUCGGUGGCAGAACCGGAUUUAGCAAAAUGUACCAAGAUAUUGUAAGUACAAUGCCUGAAUUUCUCAAGCAAAAUAACAUUUACUCAAUGCAGAACUCAUCAAUUUCAUUGUAA